AUGUCGCUGGUGGACGACGGCUUCGAGGCCCUUUUGGAGCCAUUCUACAAUGGCAAGAAGCUUACCGAUCCGGUAAACACCAAGGACGACAAGUUCCAGCUUUUGCCCGCCUUUCUCAAAGUAAAGGGGCUUGUAAAACAGCACAUCGACUCAUACAACUUUUUCGUCGAACAAGAGAUCAAGGACAUUGUCCGAGCGAACCGCACCAUUCGAAGCGAUGUCGACAGCAAUUUUUGGCUAGAGUUCACAGAUAUCCGCGUCGAUCGACCUCGUCGCCAAGAUCACAAUGAUGCUAAGUCUCGAACUGAGGUCACCCCUAUGGAGUGUCGACUGCGAGACAUGACAUAUGCCGCUCCCAUUGUCGUUGAUAUCGCAUACAUUCGAGAUAAGCGCCGAAUUAUACGGAGAGACGUGCCUCUGGGUCGUAUGCCAGUCAUGUUAAAGAGCUCCAAGUGUCGAUUGGGCGGUGCCAACAACGCCCAAAUGGAGGCCAUGAAUGAAUGCCCUCUUGACCCUGGCGGUUACUUCAUUAUCAAUGGCACGGAAAAAGUCAUAUUGAUCCAGGAGCAGCUGAGCAAAAAUCGAGUCAUUGUCGAAGCCGACGAAAAGAACAACGUCAUAUCUGCUUCAGUGACGAGUUCGACCCACGAACGAAAGUCAAAGACAUAUGUUACCUUGAAAAAGGACAGAAUUGUUAUGACACACAACGUCCUGGUUGAAGGCAUCCCCAUUGUAAUUAUUCUCAAGGCUCUGGGAGGGUUGACUGACUACGAAAUCAUGCAACUGGUCGCUGGUUCAGAUGGUCGAUAUCAGGACGAGUUUGUUAUCAAUUUUGAUGAGGCAACCAGAGCUGGUGUCUUCACACAACAUCAGGCUUUAGAAUACAUCGGCUCAAGGGUCAAGAUGGGGUCGCGUAGGGCCAUGUUUGGACCGCAGGUUCGCCGGAACAAUGUUGAAGAAGGCCUUGACGCCCUUGCCAACCUCAUUAUCGCUCAUGUUCCCAUCGAGGGCUUGGAUUUCUAUCCUAAAGCUAUUUACGUGGCAAUGAUGACACGACGAGUCCUGAUGGCAUCGCAGGAUUCCAAGUUGGUUGAUGAUAGGGAUUUUGUUGGUAAUAAGCGGUUGGAAUUGGCAGGCCAACUCCUCUCUCUUCUCUUUGAGGAUUUGUUCAAGCGAUUCAUGGGCGAGGUCAAGAUGUCUAUUGACAAGUUUCUCAAGAAAAACAAUCGCGCAGUUCCCCUCGAUGCUGUUCAUAUGAUCAGCAACCACGCGAACAAUAUUGGCAUGGGAAUCAACCGUGCAAUUCAAACAGGUAAUUGGAGUGUGAAGCGAUUCAACAUGAAUCGAGCGGGUGUCACGCACGUGCUCAGCCGGCUCAGUUACAUCAGUGCCUUGGGAAUGAUGACCCGAAUCAGCUCUCAGUUCGAAAAGACGCGAAAGGUCUCUGGCCCGCGUGCUCUGCAGCCAUCACAGUGGGGUAUGCUUUGUCCUUCAGACACUCCCGAAGGUGAAGCCUGCGGUCUGGUGAAGAAUUUGGCGCUCAUGACGCAUAUUACGACCAAUGUGGACGAGGCACCUGUGAAGCGAUGGAUAUUUACACUGGAUACGGGUGUCGAGCCCAUCCGAAACUUUUCAGGCGCCGAAAUGCACCGUGAGGGCUCAUAUAUCAUUCAUGUGAAUGGUACACCAUUUGCCCUUACACGGUAUCCCAAGCGAUUUGCCUCAAGAUUCCGCACCAUGCGUCGAAGGGGCUGGAUCUCACCAUUCGUCAGCAUUAACUUGAACAGCCAUUUUAAUGCCGUCCACAUUGCGACAGAUGAAGGUCGCAUCUGCCGACCGUACAUUAUUGUCAAGAACGGGAAGCAAAAGCUUACAGCUGAUCAUCUCAAGUUGUUACACCUUGGGAAGGUUACAUUCGACGACUUUUUGACACGAGGUAUCGUCGAAUACCUCGACGUCAAUGAGGAACAAGAUGCCCUGGUUACUAUUUAUGAAAAUCAAAUAACACAAAGCACAACACACUUAGAGAUUGAGCCAUUCACUCUCCUUGGAGCCGUGGCCGGGUUGAUCCCAUUUCCACAUCAUAAUCAAUCUCCUAGAAACACAUAUCAAUGUGCUAUGGGUAAACAAGCUAUUGGAGCAAUUGCAUACAAUCAGUUUAACCGCAUUGAUACACUGCUUUAUACUCUCGUUUACCCACAACGCCCGAUGGUUAUCACCAAGACCAUUCAGCUUGUGCAUUACGACAAGCUUCCAGCUGGACAAAAUGCCACGGUCGUCGUCAUGUCGUACUCUGGAUACGAUAUUGAGGAUGCCCUGGUCUUGAACAAGGCUUCAAUAGACAGGGGAUUUGGGCGUUGCCAGGUCUUCCGCAAGUACACCACGGAGUUGCAGAAGUAUCCCAAUGGUCGAAGGGAGCGAAUUGGAGACCCAGUCAAUCAGGUCAAUGGCAGCACGACCCGUCGAGAGGAGAAAUAUGAAGCUUUGGACGAUGAUGGGUUGGCCACUGUCGGCUAUCGAGUCAAGAGUGGAGAGGUCAUGGUUAAAAAAGAAACGCCAUUAGACCUCACUACGACGGGAAUUGGUCUUGAUCGCGGACCAAGCGAAUACCGUGACUCUGCCAUCUCGUACCGAAUACCUGAUCCUGCCUACAUUGACAAGGUUAUGAUCUCACAAACAGAAAAGGAUACGACUGUGAUCAAGGUUCAAACGCGACAAACUCGCCGACCAGAAUUGGGUGACAAAUUCUCCUCUCGCCAUGGUCAGAAGGGUGUCGUUGGUAUCAUUGUGGAUCAGGAAGACAUGCCCUUUGCAGAUAAUGGCCUUUGCCCUGACAUCAUCAUGAACCCCCACGGCUUCCCGUCCCGAAUGACGGUAGGCAAGUUGCUAGAAUGCCUAACAGGCAAGGCUUCGGUUAUCGACGGUCGGCCAGACUAUGGCUUCGGUGAUGCCUUCAGAUCGCACCCAGUCAAGGAUAUGAGCCAGGUUCUUCUCGAUUACGGCUUCUCCUGGGAAGGCAAGGACUACUUUACGUCUGGCUUGACAGGAGAGCCGCUGGAGGCAUACAUUUUCAACGGCCCCAUCUACUAUCAGCGAUUGAAGCACAUGGUCCAAGACAAGAUGCAUUCCCGAUCUCGCGGACCCAGGGCCAUCCUCACCAGACAGCCAACUGAAGGUCGAUCCCGUGACGGUGGACUGCGUCUCGGAGAAAUGGAACGUGACUGCCUCAUUGCGUAUGGCGCCUCACAACUACUCUUAGAGCGUCUCAUGUUGAGCUCCGAUGGUGUCACGCUUGACAUUUGUCAGCAGUGUGGCCUUUUUGGAUACAAGGGCUAUUGUAACACCUGUAAGAGCACGAGGGAAGUGACACAGAUGCAGAUGCCGUAUGCGGCCAAGCUGCUUGUACAGGAGCUGAUCAGUAUGAAUGUCGGUGUUCGUCUGCAACUGGAGGACGAGUUCCCCCAUCCCCAAUGA